GAAUAAAAAUAAGGUUUAAAAAGAAUGACUUUUGACAGCUUUAACAAGCAAAAAUGACUUAUGUAAAUAAGUGUCAUAAAUAAUUUCGAGAUUAUAAUGGGCCAAAAAUUUUCACUAUUAAAAUGUACUUAUGGAAAGCACGUAAUUCCGCAACACUAUAUAGUUGUAUUGAUUAUGACGGUAGUUAAUAUAUUGUGUUUUGCGUCCAAGUUUGCGGGAGAUAAAUUAUACGUGGAGUCGCAUAUUGAUCGUGAUCAAGAUGGGUUUAAAACCGUUCGUAUUGGAAGUUCUUGCGAAGAAGCGAUGACUUUGAAUUCAACAAUGAACGAAACAUCGCAAGGAGAAGAGUUGUCUUAUAAUGUAAUUUCGGCUGUUUACAUGUUGUUUACCGCGUUGGGGAAGUUUCCUGCGGGAGUUUGUGCUGAUUUAUUCGGAGGGAGGCAUCUUUUGCUUUUUGGAUUUUUGGGGAAAAUAUUUAUGGCGAUUAUAACCCCAACUUUAGUUAUCUUUGGAAGUAAAAGAAUGCAGUUUUUUGUUCGGGGAGCUGCAGGUUUUUUUGAAGGAUUUGUUACAGCUGUAACUUUUAAUAUAGUUGCUCAUUGGGCGCCGACACGACAUCUGACUUUAUCCGCCACAUUACUUUAUAAUUCAGAUGCAGCGGGGUAUUUAAUCGCGCAUAUAUUCAACGUUUAUUUUGGAAUUAAAUUGCAAGUAUUGAUAUAUAUGAUUGGGGUGCUUCAAGGGAUGAUGUAUAUGUCGUGUAUUUACUUCGUCUUUUCUAGACCUAACACACACCCUUCGAUAUCGGCACAAGAAAAGGAUUUAUUUGUGGAGUUAUUUCCUACGAAUGAAUUACCUGGGAGUAUUCCAUGGAAGGCUAUAUUAACUGAUUUCGAUAUUUGGGCCCUUUUCGCUUGCAACGUUGGUUAUAAUUUCCAACAUCUUGUGAUUCAUCGUCGUUUGCCUGAUUAUUUCUAUUAUAUACUUCACGAUGACGAUGAAAAUAUAGAGUUUCAAUUUAAUGUAGCUCUAAGGCUGACUUUGUUUAUCGCCGGUGUUGUUCUUGCGGUAAUCGCAGAUUACAUAAUAAAAAAAGGUUACAUUCCAGUAGUGUAUUUACGAUCUACAUAUAUCGGGAUGUCUUUAAUUUUGGGUAACUUAUUCGCGGUGAUGAUUAUAUUUGUGGGUUGCAAUAUUACAACGGUUAUAAUUCUUUUACGUCUCAACAACAUUUUUGGAACAGCUAUAGAUGCAAGUUUAGGCGGAAAUAUGUUAGAUAACAGUAGGCAUUAUGCUGGAACCGUUUUUAGUAUUACUUGUGGUGGUGGGCACCUUAUUCGAAGUUUAAUGUGGAUAGUGUUUGGUUAUGUAUUAGAACACCAAUCAAUAUCGCAAUGGACUAUAACUCUAUGGUUAAAUUUGGCUAUUUGCAGCUUUUGCACGCUCGUUCACUUUGAUGGCUCUCGAGGGGAAAGAGCAUCUUGGGAUGUAAUCAAACCAAAACAAGAUAAAAACCCUGUCAAAACUGGGAAUGUACUUAUAUAA